CAAUUUAUUUAACUCAUGGGAUAGUGCAAAUCAAGAGAGUCUUACCACCGGCGGUUCUCUACGAUUACCUUUUCUUGGAAGAGAUGUGAGCGAGGAAUCUUCAUAAUUUUUGAGCUGUUUCAGUUCUUAAGAGCCGCAAGCGAACUGCACCCAAGCCUCGAAUGCUCUCCGCAAGACGCUUUAAACGGAGCAAGAAAUAUCAAGUUUAUGGGAUACAGAUGGUUUCCCAGCGCGUUCCGUCGACUUUAAGCGUGGACUCCCCGGCGAGACUUCCCCUUGUGGAAGACAGUCAACACCGGAUCGCCACGUCAAUUCUCCAACCUCAACCAUCAAGCCAACUGCCCACGGCCCACGAUGGUGCGCCGAUUCCCCGACCUCCGAUCCUCCCUCCGAUCCUCGAGCACUGCGAGCGACAAUCAUCAACCCCUCAUUGCGCGACGUCCCUCUGUGCAAUCUCAAAGUACAAACUACUCACAGAGCCAUGCAAGCAAAUGCUCCACUGCGCUGUCGCAGUCCGAGAAUCUGCUGCCGAUUGAGGAGGAGGAACGAGACAAACCAACCUUCGAUAGAUCUGUUGAUCUUGUGGCAAUUGCCGCUCCUCAUAAAAUCUCCAUCGACCAAACAGAAGUAUUUGAACAACUGGUUAGCGCUUAUGACGAGCAGAAUGGAGAACACCGCCUGUCUGCUUUACCAGCCGCUGUUCGCCACAGGAUCUAUGCCUUCUGCUUCGAGGGGUUUGAACGGCGAAAGAUCAAUCUCUCCCCCAAGUUCGCAGUCAGAGCGGUAUUCCCCGACAGCCACUUCAUAUCCCCAUGGAACGUCCUUGACCCUGUCUUUGGCGGUGUCCAUGCAUUUCGCGCCCUCCGUCACGACCUGAUGACCUAUUUCUGGACAACCUAUCACUUCCAUGUCACUCUGAAUGUCUUCAGCGGCCCAGUCUUCUCACCACUCUCCCAUAUUUGGCUGUUGAACUUUCUUGAUCGUAUCCAGCGACUUACCAUCGAGGUCGAUUUCACACGCUUCGGUGGCAGCUCCAUGAGACUCGCUCCAUCGUUCGGGCAUAACAAUGAUAAAUUGGAGGAUCUUUUGCUUGGCCUGAUUCGAGGAUUGAAAGAGCGUCCUGGCAGACUGACGAUGGCUGAACUGAAUCUCAUGUGCCGACGAUAUGGUGGCUUCCGUACCAAGACCGAGGAGCUUGGCUCUUCUACUGUCAAAUACUGCCCUGACGACGAAAUACAUAUCUUCGAUAUGAUGUCUGAGCUCCAUGGCAUUCUGCAGCGUUGCCGUGUCUCGGGUUUUACUCCGGAUUAUACAAAGCAAUUGCUUUCUGCUGCCUUUGCUGAUGGAGACCAAGAAGUCGAUCUCAUCAUUCCCAAUGACCCCGCUUGGCCACAUAUGCCCUCUCUAGAUGACAAUGCUCCAGUUUAUACCUCGAACCUGCAUCCGAAUUCCGCGCUUUUACCGGAACCCUUCGGCCUCAGACUACACCAUAGUCGAAGCUUUGCACAAGAAUUUGAGGAGGAAAUAAAAAGAUUCAAUGUUGAAACAUACAUACACAGUUCUAUGUCUAAUUGCAUAGUCAGUUCUCUUACUGGUGCGUUGCUCAAGGACCAGGGGCACAUCCUGGAGAAUGGACAUUCGGAUGGUAUCCAGCAAUAUUCGAAUGUACGGGAUUCAUUACUCUCUACUGCUUCUACCCAGUUGGGAACUCCCAUGGGUGCAUCAACUCCUCGCUUUGAGCAGUUCCAGCCAGGAGAAAUCAUGUGCACGCGGACAUAUGAAAUUUCCCAGGGCACCCGAACCCCACCUCCAGAGAGAUGCUCCACGCCGAAUACUCCGAACACCUUGAACAAACUGAAUGAGAGAGAUCCUGCUUUCGUUCGGACCCUGAACGCGUUGAAAACACAAUCGCAGAUUGAGGCGAAUGAACAAGAUCCAGCUUUCAUCCGAACUGUGGAAGCUAUGCGGAAGAACUCGCAGACUGAUGCACCAGCUAUCGCGAGUGAGAACAAGCCACCGUCUAUGUUCAUGCCAACGAGUACGACUGUAGUUGAGAGUCCUGCUCAGCGGUCCGCCUCAGUAUUGAGCGCUCGCACUAAUGAAAGCAAGAGGGUCAUUAAGCGGAGAUAUUUGUCAUUCAUUGAUAGGGUUCGUGGUCGUGCGGAGUCUUGAUAAGUAUGGAAUCCUUGAGUGGCUUUGCAAACUUUGCAGGUGUGUUCAUGCCGUUGAACGAGGGUCACAAUAACGGAAUGAAUUGUUUGAUGGGGUGUCACCGUUUUAGGAGAUGGAUCACUGGAGGCUCCUAU